AUGUCUAUAUUGCAAAAGGGUCGUCUUUCUGUUGUCCUCGGUGCUCAAUGGGGUGAUGAGGGUAAGGGCAAAUUGUCUGAUAUCCUUUGUGGCGAGGCUGAUGUCUGUGCUCGUUGUGCUGGUGGUAACAAUGCUGGCCACACUAUCGUUGUCAACGAUGUCAAGUACGAUUUCCACAUGUUGCCCUCCGGCCUGAUCAACCCCAACUGUACUGCUUUGAUCGGUAACGGUGUUGUUGUCCACUUGCCUUCUUUCUUCGAGGAAAAGGCCAAGCUCGAAGCUAAGGGUCUCAACUGUGAAGGUCGUCUCCUCCUCUCCGACCGUGCUCAUCUCGUUUUCGAUCUCCAUCAAAAGGUCGAUGGUCUCAAGGAGAUCGAGUUGGGCCGUGGCAGUAUCGGUACCACUGGUAAGGGUAUUGGUCCUACCUACUCCUCCAAGGCUUCUCGCUCUGGUAUCCGCGUCCACCAUCUCUAUGAGUUUGAAGAAUUUUCUGCUCGCUUUAGAACCAUGGUCGAGAACAAGCGCAAGCGUUAUGGUAACUUUGAAUAUGAUGUCGAGGCUGAACUCGAGCGUUACAAGGAACUCGCUGAACGUGUUAGACCUUAUGUCAUUGAUACUAUCCCCUACCUCCAUGAACAAAUCAAGGCUGGUAAGCGCAUCCUCGUUGAAGGCGCCAAUGCCUUGAUGCUCGAUAUUGAUUUCGGUACCUACCCCUAUGUCACAUCUUCUGCUACUUCCAUUGGUGGUGUCUGCACUGGUCUCGGUGUCCCUACCAACAAGGUAGAUAAGGUCAUUGGUGUUGUGAAAGCCUACUGUACUCGUGUCGGUGGCGGCCCCUUCCCCUCUGAACAAUUGAACGAAAUUGGUGAACAUCUCCAAACUGUUGGUUUUGAAUUUGGUGUUACUACUGGUCGUAAGCGUCGUUGCGGUUGGUUGGAUUUGGUUGUUGUCAACUACUCUACCAUGAUCAACGGUUAUACUAGCUUCAACUUGACUAAACUCGAUAUCCUCGAUCAAUUGCCCACCAUCAAGGUCGCUGUUGCAUACCAUUUGGAUGGCAAGAAGUUGCCCUCUUUCCCUGCUGAUCUUGAUCUCCUUGAAAAGGUCGAGGUUGAAUACGUUGAACUUCCUGGCUGGCAAACCGAUAUUUCUAAAUGCACAAAGUAUGAGGAUCUUCCCGAGAACGCAAAGAAAUACAUUGCUUUCAUCGAGAAGGAGACUGGUGUUCCAGUUGAAUGGAUUGGUGUCGGUCCCGGCAGAGAGGCCAUGAUUCACAAGCCUGUUUCCAACUAG